CUAGGCGCCGAAAAGUCCACUCCGCCAGCUUUUGCUCCGGCGCCCGCAAGACGGACCUCUCGCGAGUUUCCCAGCCGUUCGACGAUAUCCUCUCCGGUCCGUUCGCAAUGCAUCGUCAAUCCAUUGCGCGGCUCGCCCGCCAGUGCAAUGGCCUUCCGCUGGCCGACUUGCCUCCCGCCUACCUGGCGCCAUCCCUCCAUUUCUCCUUGACCCGGUCCGCCGUCCAGACCUCGAACUUUUCGACGACCGCCGUCGCUGCCGGUCCUGGUCGCGACCUCAACAAGACUCGCGGCGUGUCUGCAAUCCACCGCACCGGUCCUCGAUUCAAACUUGGCGUGUCGAAGUACCCAUUGCCCAAGCCCGUCUCGCCGGGGGAGCUGGACAAGCGUCAUCCGACCCCGGACCAUGGCCUUUGGGGCUUCUUCCCCAAGGACCGUCAACCUUUGAGCACUCCGGAAUAUGACAACGCACAUGGCCGUUCGUGGUCUAUCCAGGAGCUCCGCGAGAAGUCUUGGGAUGACCUACAUGCUCUGUGGUGGGUGUGUGCCAAGGAACGCAACCGCAUAGCCACUUCCAACUUGGAACGAGAGCGAUUGAAGGCGGGAUACGGCGAGUAUGAAGCUAAUGACCGCGACCGGGUGAUCCGCGUCACGCAGAAGAGCAUCAAGCACGUCCUCCGGGAGCGGUGGUAUGCCUGGGAAGAGGCCCAGCGACUGUACAAGGAGGGAUACCGGCCUCAAGAUGACGAGUAAAUGAGGCGUGGAGCUGUCCACCAUAUGACCGGUCAUUCCAAUAGUGGUCGACUAUUGGAUCUGUAUGUAGGAUUAUUUAUUUAUUGUCUGUAUUAGUUCCAAUUUCAACGACGGUGUCUGAUUGCCGG